AUGCUGGUCUGUAGGCUCCUGGGUCUGCUGGGACUCCUCAUGCUCUGCAAAGGUGAGGAGGAAAGUGGUUCGGGCGAAUCCUGCGACAACUUCACCGACCUGAACCUGUCGCACUGCUUGGUGGGAACCAGCCUGUACGUCCGGCUGCUGCUCUACACCCGAUCCAACCUCGACUGCGGCCGCGAGCUCAACCACCACCGCCUGGCCGCCCAGCCGCUCCUCAACCUGUCGCGGCCCACCGCCUUCGUCAUCCACGGCUACCGGCCCACCGGAGCGCCGCCCAUCUGGAUCAACCACAUCGUCCACCUGCUGGCCGAGCAGGAGGACCUGAACGUCAUCGUGGUGGACUGGAACAAAGGGGCGGCCAACCUCAACUACUUCACCGCCGUGUCGUACACCAGGGAGGCGGCCUACAACCUGACCAGCUUCAUCAUGACGAUGGAGGAGGAGGGAGCCUCUCUGAGCUCGGUCCACCUCAUCGGCGUCAGUCUGGGAGCUCACUUGGCCGGCUUCGUGGGAGCAAACCUGAAGGGGAAGAUCGGCCGCAUCACAGGUCUGGACCCGGCCGGGCCGAUGUUCACCAGCGCCAUGCCGGAGGAGAGGCUGGACCCCACGGACGCCAUGUUCGUGGACGUUCUUCACACCGACAUGGACUCGUUCGGCCUGAGAGGAGCUCACGGUCACAUCGAUUUCUACGCCAACGGAGGAGCCGACCAGCCCGGAUGUCCCAAAACCAUCUUUGCAGGUAAAUCCUACUUCGUGUGCGACCACCAGCGCUCGGUGUUCCUGUACCUCUGCUCUCUGAACCGGACCUGCAGCCUCACGGGUUACCCCUGCUCGUCCUACAGCGACUUCCUGGAGGGUCGAUGUUUGCAGUGCGAAGCCUUCAGGCCCGCGUCCUGCCCGGUGCUCGGUUACGACCUCAGCCAGUGGAGGGAAACUCUGCUGCGACUCGGACAGACCAAAGUCUUCUUCAGCACCACGGCGGCGCUGCCCUACAGGAAGCUGAGCUACAGAGUGGACAUGGUGACGUGGAACCAGUACCUCCGCUGGGGCGUCGUCUACAUCCGGCUGCACAGCGGAAGGAACGUCACCGAGGCCCGGAUAGACCAUAAGCUGCUGCGGUUCGAGCAGUACACCUCCACCAGGCUGCUGGCCCAGUUCGACGACGACCUGCAGCACGUCCAGAAGAUCUCGAUGCGCAUCAGCACCGGCAACGUCAUCGGUCCCCGAUACAAAAUCAGGCUGCUGAGGAUUCGCUUCACGCCGCUGGAACGUCCUCUAAGGCCUCUGAUGUGCCGUUUCGACAUCAUCGUGGAGGAGAACAUGGAGGUGGCGUUCCGUCCUCUGCCCUGUAACUCUCGACUCUGA